AUUAGCAAUUAUCAUGGCCCGCACGCGCCGGUGGCACUUGCAGACCGCGACGUAACUUCUGAAUAUUUACCUUCCGAAACAAACGUGGUCAUGACUCAGUCAAAGGACGAAUUAACACAGUCGGACGCGAUAGAAGUCUUGGGCGUUGAACUGCAGCGCUUAAGUGUGGGGGCUGACGAAUCCCAGGCUGCGGCUGCGUUAGAUGACGACUUUCAAGGCGACGAUGAAUGCUCUAGCUCAUCGGAAAGCUCAGCUGGUCUCCCCAGCGAGCUGCAUCUGUCCGAUGGCACCCGGGCUGGGCCGCAGGAGACGCUGCCGCCAAGUGCGCCUACCGAAAAUGACGCAAGCGUUGGGCUUCUCUAUGACCAAUCCAUGGAGCAGCAUUUUGGACCGGAUCAUUACGAGCGACCCUCCCGCAUCAUUCAGAUGUAUGCCACUCUCCAAGAGCAGGGACUGUUGGGGCGCUGCUGGCGGCUGGUGCCGCGCCAAGCGACCGACGAGGAGCUGCUGCUGGGGCACAGCGAGGACCACAUCCGCAAGGUGGAUUCCAUGUUUUCGGAGCUUUACCCUUCACGGCCCGACACGCUGGCGGAUGCGGAGUAUUGCUACGCCGACGGGCGCAUGGGUGACGUGUAUGUCUGCGGGGGAACGGCACGAGCGGCACGGUUCGCGGCGGGUUGCUGUGUGCAGGCCGUGCAGUCGGUGCUGUCCGGGGAGGUGGCCCGCGCCCUGGCGGUGGUGCGUCCGCCGGGUCACCACGCCGAGUGCGAGCGGGCCAUGGGCUUUUGUUUCUUCAACAAUGUGGCGGUGGCGGCGCUGGCGGCGUUGCAGACCCCCGGUACACGGCGUGUAGCUGUGCUUGACUGGGACGUGCACCACGGCAACGGAAUCCAGAACAUGCUACUCCAGCGCCCGGAUGCGCUGUACAUCUCCAUCCACCGCGACCCAAAGCGCUUCUACCCCUACACGUCUGGUUUCCUCGGGGAGGCGGGGGAGGGAUCCGGUACCGGCUUCAACGUGAACGUGCCGUGGCUCAAGAAGGGCAUGGGGGACGGGGACUACCGGGCUGCUUUUUCUCUUAUCGUGGAGCCCCUCCUGGAGUCGUACCAGCCCGACCUGGUGAUUGUGGCUGCGGGCUUUGACGCCGCGGACGGGGACCCUCUAGGGGCGUGCAAGGUCUCCCCGGAGGGCUACGGCUGGAUGACGGAGCGGCUGCUGCGGUUCGCUGGCGGCAAGCUGGUGCUGGCUCUGGAGGGGGGAUACAACAACAGGGUGACCUCCUGGUGCGCCGCCGCCUGUGUGCGGACCCUGCUGGAGGGGAGGGCCGCGCCGCCGCUGCCGCCAGACAAGGACCGUCUGUGGCCAGCCGAGUCGCACAACAGCCUCAAACUGGUUUACGAAUUUCAGCGGCAGCAUUGGCCCGUGCUGCGGGCAAGGAGCUGGACGGAGGCGUGGGAUGCGCACCUGAAGGACGUGAGCCGCCUGUUGGGAGGCAAUCUGCGAUCCAAGCGAUCCUCAGCGGCAGGCAGCAACAGCGCCAUAACCACCACCACCACCACCACCACCACCAUAAGUAACAACAGCAGCGGCAAAGGCAGCACCUGCGGAGGCGCUGCCUUGUUAUCGCCGACGGGCGCCGGCGGCGGCGAUGGCGCCGCUGCGGCGCCUGCUGCCGUAGAGGCGCCCACGGCGCGGAGGUCAGGCGGCCACGGUGACAGUGCAUGUGGCGGGAACCUGGUCGGCCCGCCACCGGCAUCGCAAUCACUGCAGGAAGCAUUUAAGGCGCGCAAGGCAGCUAGGGAUGCGGCGGCAGCCGAGCGCGCGGCGGCCGUGGCGGCGGCGGCAGCGGCGGCGGCGGCGCUGCCGCCGCAGCCGCCGUCGUCGUCAGUGCGAGUUGAUGCACUCAUGGCGUUGAGUGCGAAUGCGAGGGCGCCCGCGCAAACGUUUGUUGCUCUUAUGGAGGAUGCUAUUGCCGCUGCUCCUGAUGGGUACGUGGCUGGCGAGUGCACCACCACCACCACCACCACUACCUGCGGUGUCAGCACGGCUGACGCCAUCAGCGACGGCACCGCGUGCAGCUUUGCGUCAAGCAUACUGACCCACGGGACAGGUUUCGCCGCCGCCGCACUCAACCCGGAAGGUGACGAUACCGGUGGCGCCGGCGCCACCGGGGGGCUAUAG